CGGGAACGAGAGCGAUCGCCGAUGUCGCUGGACGAGGAAAACACCCAAAACUCCAGUCCCGGCGGAUGGCAGAGCAAGUUGUCGGCCCUGAACUUCCUGCACCUGCAGGUGCACCGUCGUGGUACGGCCACCUCCAGUCGUGCCUCGUCCCGCAAAUCGUCCCGUGCUUCGGAUGCCUCGGACCUGAGUGAGCUGGCCGGGCCGUGGCUAAACCUGCCGCUCAUGCUGGUGUCCGGUACGAGCGACAUGGUGAAGGACGUGAAGCAGCAGCACGCCAACGGGCUCGAGUUGAAGGACACCACACCGGACAUCAAGGGGCAGCGGCGCAAGUCGUUCUACAAUUUCCCGUUCUUCCUGCGCCAUCAGGAUGCGGUGGAAGAAUCGGCCACGGCAUCACCGCAACCGCUCAAACGGCCGCUCAAGGACAGCGAGACGAACCUAUCGCUCAACGGGUCGGUGGACAGUGCCCCGCCACCGGUGCCACCGCCCACCACUCCCAAGUCCAAACGGGCCACCAGCUUCGUGAAGAAGAAACCCCCGCUGGAGCGAGGCUUCUCCGCCCAAAGUGCGCUCCGGUUGAACCGCAACGCGGUCGUACCCGACGACACCCUGUCCACGUCGAACGCGGAUGUCAGCAUUCUGGUCACGGAACCCUCGCCCGACAUACCGCCGGGAACGGCUCCGGGCGAGACCCUCGUCCACGUGCUGGUGCACCGCGAAAGCGAAGAGUACCAGUCGGAGCUGGACGACAAAGACGAGCCGAAGCCGGCCAAGGAGCCCCGGGAUCCGUCCCGUGCCGCUGACAUCAAGCUUUCACCGGGCACGAACGUUGACUAUCAAAUUCUAGGUGGCCUUGAGGGGGAACCGCGUCCCGUCGUGACGAUCUGCGUCGAAAGCCCGCUGGAGUCGCCGGAGCAGGACAUCGGGGUAGCCUCCGAAAAGCCGUCGCCGCCACUGGACCAUUCCGUAGCCAUUCCGAUCGAUCCGGAACCGAUCGACGUGAAUCUGCCGCGGGACACGAGCAACAUCUUUUACGACUACGACGACACCCCGGAAGCGGUCCGUCCGGAGAAGUCCGGACCGGAGAGCACUACUGCAGCAGCAGUCGUCGAGGUGCCGAUUGAUUUGGACAAGAUCGAAUACGUGGCCUCGACGGAGUCACAGGCAGCGCAGGAGGGCCCGGUGCAUCAAGAGGAGGCCCAGCAGCAGUCUUGCGAGCCCCGGACCAACGCGGACACGCAGCCCUUGCGGCAGGCUUCGAGCUGA